GCGAACUCAAACGCUCGGUUCGGAAGUGAAUUAAAAAAAAUAAAAUCAAAUCCAUCUCAACCGGAUAUUCUGUGUACUCAAGGAUUUUUUCUUCCUAUCAUGUUGACGUGGCAAUUAUGGUGUACCUUAUUGUGUAUUUUGUGGUUCUAUUUUCUAUGGUCACGUCGCAGAUUCUAUCGGCUAAUAUUCCAAAUACCUGGGCCACUGGGUUAUCCCUUAGUUGGCAUGGCACACAAGCUGUUAAAUAAGGAAGGUUGGUGAUCAGUGGUUUAUCUUAACGUGUAAUAAAAUAUGUGAUUAUUAUGCAAAAUACAUCUGAUGUGCUACCCGUAUUUAAACAUUAUUUGGAUAAACAUGGAUCUCUCGUAUUUUCUUGGCUGGGUCUCAUGCCAUUUGUGCUCGCUAGUGAUCCUCAACUGGCACAGGAGAUUUUGAACUCACAGCAUUGCGUUAACAAGUGUCUUAUCUACAAGGCAAUCGAUGAUGCCUCUGGCCGAGGUUUAUUCAGUUUGAAAGAGCCUCAUUGGAGUGCACAUCGGAGAUUGAUAAAUCCAGCGUUUGCACUCAAAGUACUUCAGAGUUUUUUGCCUAUUUUCAACGCCGAGACAACAUCCUUGCUCAAGGUGGUAGAUUCAUUAGUGGAUUGUGGUGAAAAGAACUUAAUACCAUUGAUGCGAAGCUUGGCCUUGAAUAUUUCUACUCUACAGAAACCACAAUGGGCAGUGAAGUUAAUUGCAGUGAGUACAUUAAAAACAACAAACUACUCGAAGCUUAUCGUAGAUAUGUGCCUUUCGCCCUGGUUAUUAAGUAGAACAGUGCGUCAACUACUGGGUAGGGAGAAGAAAUAUGCUAAGGCCAAGACGCAGAUAAACGGAUUCCUCUUCAAGUUAAUCGAAUCGAAAUUGGCAAAGGGUUCUGAAGCUCAUCUAGAAACGGAGGAGGACAAGAAUAUAUUUCUAAAUCUAGCCACUGAUUUGGUACAUCGUGGAAUCUUUACCAAACAGGAGGUAAAAAAUCAUUCGGCUAACAUUGUAUUUGCCGCAUUUGAGACGACAACUAAUACGGUAGUCUACACACUGAUAUUACUCGCCAUGUUUCCCGAGUAUCAAGAGAAGGCGUUUCAAGAGCCUCGCUCAUUAUUUCCAAGCACGGGAGACUUUGAAGUUACUUACAGAGAUACGCAGAAUAUGGUUUAUUUAGAUCUAAUUAUGAAUGAAUCAAUGCGAGUCUUGGCUCCAGUUCCAAUCGUAGCCCGGCAAACUAUGCAGGAUGUACGUCUUUCCAAUGGAGUUGUUAUUCCAAAAGGUGUUCAGAUUGUUGUGGACAUAUUUCACUUGCAUCGCGAUAAGAAAGUUUGGGGAGAAAAUGCGGAGACCUUCAAUCCAGAUCAUUUCCUACCCAUUCACAUGCAGGAUAGGCAUCCUUAUUCGUUCAUACCCUUCACAAAGGGAAUACGCAACUGCAUAGGUUGGAGAUAUGCUUUAAUAUCGAUCAAAGUGAUUUUGGCGAAAUUGUUGAGGAAUUAUAAAUUCUCGACCAGUUUUAAAUUCGAAGAUUUCGAAUUUGUUGAGGAUAUAACUUUGGAGUUUAAGACUGUUCCCUUAUUGGAAAUUCAACGAAGAAAUUGCUAGUGUUAUAUUUCAUCACGUCUAUUCAAAAGAUUUGCUUAAUCACAUUCGUUUAAAUUAUUAAUUAUUCAAGCACAUAUAUAUGAUUUUAAUGUUCUUCUUUAUGUAUAAUAACAGAUUAUAAUCUUGGUAAUCCCUUUUUUUACUUUUGCUUAAUAGCGUUUAUCAAUGUUUUGUCUGCUAACUGACAAGUUAAAUUGUUAUAGAUAUAUACAUAUUAAAUUUAACGUACUGUCAACGUAUUAAUUAUAUUUCUGCUGUUGUCUGUUGCUCUUUAAUAGCUUGCAUUCAUCCCAGUAACUUGUCUCGGACUAAAACUGGUAUCUCAUCUCAUUUAGAUUUGUUUGAGCGUAUUUAGAAAGCUCUAAAUAUAAAUAUAUCAUUUAAUAUUGGUUGUUGUUGGUGAGACACAUCUUAAUAAAUAUUCAGUCUUUUAUUGUCUGUGUCAAUAUGAAAUUCUUUAAUAUCACCUUUUUUUGGUAAGCAAACUUUUGAUUUCAAUAUUCUAAUUCGACAUUUGCAUACGAGGCUAUACAUAGUAUGUCUACUUUUAUUUUUAGCUUAUGUUAAGUAUCCGCUUCAUAUUCAUUCAUUCAGACCGUACACAAAAUUUUUUAAAUAAGGAAUUAUUUAUUAGAUUAUAAGAGUCAAUAAUUGGACUUUAAUUUGAGAAAGAUCUGGUUUUAGAAAUCGAUUGAAUUUUAAAUAAUGCACAACUGUAUUAACUACAUAAUUUAAGUUGUUUUUUAUUUCCAAGUACUAUGCAAUUUUCUUUGUUUGCAUAGAUGAAUGAAUAAACACCCAUUAUCUUACUGGCUUUCGUAUUACUAGCUUUCGUCAUCUCAAAAUAUAAUAUAU